GUCAGCUUCCUGUUGGCUGGAGUGGCAGCGAUAUCACCCAAUGGCUGCCUAUAUCAUUUCGGCGCCAACUAAUAGGCAGGAGUGCUGUCUGCGGCUUCUGAUUGGCUCCUUCGAUCUGCUAUAAAAGACACGUGCCGGACCGUGGCCCUUCUCUUUCCAGGCGUCCUCGUGAGAGUGACAUCGUCUUUAAACCCUGCGUGGCAAUCCCUGACGCACCGCCGUGAUGCCCAGGGAAGACAGGGCGACCUGGAAAUCCAACUACUUCGUUAAGAUCGUCCAACUUUUGGAUGAUUAUCCAAAAUGCUUCAUUGUGGGAGCAGACAAUGUGGGCUCCAAGCAGAUGCAGCAGAUCCGCAUGUCCCUCCGAGGGAAGGCUGUGGUGCUGAUGGGCAAGAACACCAUGAUGCGAAAGGCCAUCCGAGGGCAUCUGGAAAACAACCCAGCUCUGGAGAAACUGUUGCCUCAUAUCCGGGGGAAUGUGGGCUUUGUGUUCACCAAGGAGGACCUCACUGAGAUCAGGGAUAUGCUGUUGGCCAAUAAGGUGCCAGCUGCUGCCCGUGCUGGUGCCAUUGCACCAUGUGAAGUCACUGUGCCAGCCCAGAACACUGGUCUGGGACCUGAGAAGACCUCCUUCUUCCAGGCUCUGGGCAUCACCACUAAAAUCUCCAGGGGCACCAUUGAAAUCCUGAGUGAUGUACAGCUGAUUAAGACUGGAGACAAAGUGGGAGCCAGCGAGGCCACCCUCCUGAACAUGUUGAACAUCUCCCCAUUCUCCUUUGGGCUGGUCAUUCAGCAGGUGUUCGACAAUGGCAGCAUCUACAACCCUGAAGUGCUUGACAUUACAGAGGAAGCUCUGCAUUCUCGCUUUCUGGAGGGUGUCCGCAAUGUUGCCAGUGUUUGUCUGCAGAUUGCUUACCCAACUGUUGCAUCAGUGCCUCAUUCUAUCAUCAAUGGGUACAAGCGGGUCCUGGCCUUGUCUGUGGAAACUGAUUACACCUUCCCACUUGCUGAAAAGGUCAAGGCCUUCUUGGCUGAUCCAUCUGCAUUUGUGGCUGCUGCCCCUGUCACUGCUGGCAACACCGCUGCUCCUGCUGCUGCGGCUGCCCCAGCCAAGGUUGAAGCCAAGGAAGAGUCGGAGGAGUCUGAUGAGGAUAUGGGAUUUGGUCUCUUUGACUAAUCACCAAAAAGCAAACUACUCAGCCUGCCUGAUUGGCAAAACAAGGAAUAAAGGCGUAAUUCAUCAGUU